AUGGCCGACAACUGCAUCCAGUGUCAACAACCCGUCACAGCAAAACAACAAGGAAUUCAGUGCGACGGUUGCUUCAAAUGGAAUCACAGAACUUGUAAUACUGGUAAGUGAAAACUUCCAUACUGUACUUCAUUUAUUACAGCCGAGGAUCCGAGCAGCCAAUCUUUGCUAGAUGAAAUCGUUGCGCAGCUUACAUUUUUUUUUUUCGCAGGUAUUUCUCAACAAGAAUAUCGCGCUGCUGUGCGCGCAGGUGGCGAGAUCGUCUGGUUCUGUCCACUUUGUCCCUUGGCUGAAAGCUCUAGAAUCUCCAUGACAGAGUCAUCAGCAGACAUUCUAGAGUCAGAAGAGUUCAACCCUCCUUUGAGAGAUUCGUUCGCGGACCAAUCGACGAUUUACGGUCCCCAGGCACAGCCAGCAAUUGAAGAGUCCAGUGAGGAAGCUAUGGUAGGUCUUAAACUGUUUUAAAGACUAAGAAUGAGGAGAUCUUGAAACUAUACAAAAUUAGUGGUCUUCAAACAUUACUUUAAGCUAAGGUUUAGUUUGGUGAAAUGUAUAUUCUGGUAAAAUCGAUGUUACCAAUUUCCCGUGAAAGUGACAUUUUGCGCGUUUAAGAUUCUUGGUUUUGCGAAAUUACUUCAAGGUAGUGUCAAAAAGUAGCUUGAUAUUAUGUUUGCUGUACUGUAUCGAAACACCUUAAAAGCCCUGUUGAUGUAUCGCACGCUUUAACAUGAGAGGCGGUGAGAGGCGUAUGUUCUAAAUUUUAAUUCUUUUUUCAGGAAUGGACAGGUGGCGAAGCGUCAAUUUCAGACCCGCGCAUCCAGGACCUAACUGCGGAUGACCCUCCUGAAUUAACUUAUCAAUUGGUAGAAGGUGGUACGAAGCGCGCCAAAACCAGACUUGCAGAUAGUGACGGGUACACCUACAACGUACAGCUUCGCAGACCCAAUUCCACGUACUGGCAAUGCACGGUC